AUGUCAGGCUGGGGUUCUUGGCUUUCAGGCGAUACAAGCGCAACUGAUGCGAAACCAAACUUUCGCGCAGUAACAGAUCGUUCGCAAGAUUCUUUAUUCGGUCCAUUAGAAGCAAAAGAUCUUGAAUGGACAUGUGCAGGUGGAUUUGCAACUGAAACACAAACAUGGUAUACUGUCAUGCAAGAUGGUUCAUGGGCAACAAGUCAAAUCAUUCAUUCUUCCGUCGGUCUUUGGUAUCCACAAGUUCAAAUCACUUUUAAAUACUUUAACCCCAAAACUGGCGAAAAAGUUUGGAAAUCGAUCAAUGUAUCGAAGUUCAGUAAAGUGUACGACAAAAGAAGUUGCAAGGGCGAACAAUUUACCGUUCUAUUUGACACUUUGCCCGACGGAUCCGAAUCCUACACCAUUGAAGCCAACAUGGACACAGAUCUACAAGUAUCUUAUACCUUCAAGCGCCCUUCAAAGUCUGCAGGCUGGAAGCUAGGCUCUGGAGAUGAAGGCGGUAAGAGCUACUUUGGUGCAAAUCCAGCCACACCUGAUGGAUAUGUCGUUCACCGAUUCUGGCCUCAUGCCGUUUCUGAUGGUCACAUCAUUUACAAAGGUCAGGCGAUCGAUGCAAAAGGUGCAGGUAUGUUUGUACAUGCGAUUCAAGGUAUGCGACCAAAUUUGAUAGCCUCUCGCUGGAAUUUUGGUAACUUCCAAAGCAAAUAUGGCUCAGACGAGAAUGUUGCCGCUAUUAUGAUGGAAUUCACCACCACUUCAGAUUAUGGAGGUCCGGUUGGCUCACGUACGGUAAAGGAUGAAGCAACUGGCAAUGCUGUUCGUAAACGUGAACCGAUUGUAGUAACGAUCGGAAGUGUGACUGUUGAUGGUGAACUGGUUGCAGUGACUGGUGCUUCGAGAGGGUUACAAGCACCUGAAUCUGAGCCAUCCAAAGGAAGUGAUACGCGCGUUUAUCAUUUGAACACCGUUCAUGAUCCUGAAACAGGUUAUAUUGUUCCACAAGCGAUGAAAUUCAAAUGGCAAGGACCGCAACUCGUUGAAGGCAAGGCAAGCAAAGAUCUCGUGAAUGCCGAAGUUAGCGUAGACUUGAAAGGUUUGAUCGAAAAGGUGGACAUUUUGGGAGAGAUUCCAUACAUGGUACGUAAGAUGGUCAAUUAUGUUGCAGGUACAAAGCCAUACCUUCAUCAAUACCUCAACCCUGCCACAUUGAAGAUCAAUUUGCCAUCCAAAGAGCUGAAUGUGGAAGGAAGUUUGUUCUGCGAAGCCACAUUCAUCUCUGAGGUUUAA